AUGUUAUGGAUAAAAGUGCAUUUCGUCCUACUUAUAAACAUUUUCCUUGUGAUCGAAGGAGCGAAAUUCUCGUCGUUAGACCUAGUGUAUCAAAAAGCAGUGGAAGCAUAUUCCAACGAACGAUGGUCCGAAUGCAUUGUGCAAUUCGAAGAAGCGCUACAUUUGUACAAACUUUACAAGCGAAUAUUAAUCAAUUGCAGAUUGAAAUGCAAACAUGAAGCGAUGGUGUCCAAUAUCAAGGACAACAUUGAAGACCUGAAGAUAUAUGAAAUGUAUUUCACUACAAGAGUGUGCUUAAUCAAAUGUAACAAUCAGGCCUUCGAGGAAGUGCAUAUUUAUAAUAAUGUGACUGAAUCAACUAUCUAUAACAUGCAGAUUAGAAAACCAUACGAAUACCUACAUUUGUGUUAUUUCCAAAUGAAUGCCAUGCCAAAAGCAGCGUCAGCUUCGUACACAUUCCUCGUCAGUAACCCGGACGAUCCAAAAAUGAAGAAGAACUUAGACUAUUAUGUGGAACAACCCGAAGUUGACGUCAAUGAAGUGGUCGACCUUGAGAGCGACGACUACCAAAUCCUUUAUAGGUUGGGACUCAAAUCGUACAAUUCAAAAAACUGGGGUGAAACAAUAGCGUAUAUGGAAGAAUCACUGAACGAUUACUUGUCAUGGGAGAACAAUUGCAGAACGGAAUGCGAGCGUCAACCGGAGCAAGAGUGGUCACCGGAAGUAACGAUCACUAUUUCAAAUUACAUCGAAUCAUUAUUAUCUUGUAAACAAAGAUGUCAACAUGAAUUGAAGCCACUUUACUCUUCUGGUGUAGAGUUUCUUGCUGACCUCUUAAAUUAUUUGCAAAUAUCUUAUUAUAACUUAGAUAGAUUCGAAGACAUGGGAAAGGCCGUGGCUACCUAUUUACUAUUGUUACCUGAGGAUGAAGAUAUGCUAGAAAAUAAAAAUAUCUACAAAACACUAAUAGAUGAAAAAUCCUUUACCGAGAGAUCUGAAGUUGUUCAUUAUUUAAAAAGAGAUACUUAUGAGAAGCAAUUAUUCAAAUUUUUUCAUCAAGAAAAUAGUCAUAACGAUGAAAGUAAUACGAUAUUAUAA